AUUAAAAUCAUAAAUUCAUCCUUCUUCCCUCCCCUCUCUCUCUCUAAAAAACUCGCCUCUCUCUCUCUCUAAAGUCUCACUCCAUCGCAGAAAAUUCGUAAUCUCACCCCUUUUGCCACCAAUCCUCCGUUAAUUUCAAAUCUGGAGCUUUCCUCAACCGUUGUGAAUUGAAUUCAUCGGAAAGGUGAGGGGGGAGAAGAGAUGCUAUUUUAGGUUCUUAUAUUAGCACAUUAUGGGGCCCACGAGAAAGUCGAGAAGUGUGAAUAAGCGCUAUUCUGAUAUCCACGAGGUAUCUCCCAGCAAAGAUGGAGAUAGUUCUAAAAAAAGUAACAGUCGGAAAAGAAAAUUGUCUGACAUGCUUGGGCCUCGGUGGACCAUGGAAGAGCUAACUCGCUUUUAUGACUCUUACCGCAAGCACAGUAAAGACUGGAAGAAGGUAGCUGGUGCUGUCAGAAAUCGUUCAGCAGAAAUGGUGGAGGCACUUUACACGAUGAAUCGGGCAUACUUAUCUCUUCCACAUGGAACUGCUUCUGCAGCUGGGUUAAUUGCCAUGAUGACUGAUCACUAUAGCAAUCUGGCAGGAAGUGAUAGUGACCAAGAAAACAAUGAUGGAGCAGGAUCAUCCCAAAAGACACAGAAGCGUGCUCGUGGUAAAGUACAGCCUCCCACCCCUAAAGCGUCAGAUGAGUACAUUGCUUCAGAAUCUCCAAUCAAUGCAUCAAAUUAUGGCUGCCUUUCAUUAUUGAAAAAGAAACGCUCUGGUGGGAGCAGACCUCGACCUGUUGGAAAAAGAACUCCAAGGUUCCCUGUUUCAUUUUCAUAUGAAAAUAUCAAUGGGGAGAAAUUUUUUUCUCCAACAAGGCAGGGCCUGAAAUUAAAGGCCAACGCUGAUGACGAUGAAGUGGCUCAUGAGAUUGCCAUAGCUUUGGCGGAGGCAUCACAAAGAGGUGGUUCCCCCCAGGUUUCUGGUACACUUAAUAGAAGAGCUGAAAGUGUAAUGUCAUCGCCUUUUAGGCAUGCUCAAAGAAAGCCUAAUAUAGCAGAGAUAUCAAAUGCCAAGCUGUUGGCAACAGACACGGAUGAAGAAGAUUUAGAAGGAAGCACAGAAGCCGACACUGGUGAAUUGUCUAGGUAUAAGCCCCAUUUGAUUGAAUCUGUAAGUAUUGGUACAACAAGACAGAAGGGAAAAAAACUUGAAGGGAGAAAAUAUGAAGUUGAUAACAAUAUAGAGAGUCAUUUGGGUGACAUCAAGGAAGAAUGCAGUGGAACAGAGGAAGGUCAGCAACUGCUGAGUGCAAUGAGAAGAAAGUUUGAUGUGGAGGUCAAUGCCACUAAGGUAUCCAGAUCCCCUAUGCAGAAGAAGAAGAAGAGCAAAAAGGUUCUCUUUGGAAGAGACGAAGGACCUGCUUUUGAUGCCUUGCAAACAUUGGCAGAUUUGUCACUGAUGAUGCCAACAGAUAAUGAAGAUGAAUCAAUGGUGCUGUUUAAAGAUGAACAUCAUGACCAUGUUGAUGAGUCUGUUCCAUUAGAAUCUCCACCAGCAAACCAGCCAAGAGAGAAACGUAGACCCCCAGGGGUAAGAACAAAAGGACAUCUAGCAUCGAGUCUUGAAGUUGCUUCUAGCAAAACAUCAAAACCUGGAAAAGGUUCAGUUUUUUAUGGUGGUUCUGUUCAUGAAGAAAACCAGGAUUCCCAUCAGUCUACCAAAUCAAGAAAAAAACAAAAGACGCCAGUUUCUAAGAGUCAAAAGCCUGAAACUCAUGCUGAUAUUCAUCUUAGUGGAUCACCAGGGACUGAGGUUGGAGAUGUAGGCAAGAAAUCAAUGAGGACUAAAAAAUCUUCCCAAAGCAGUUCCCCGAAAGUGAUGAAAAUUUCAGAAAACUCUUCUGGUACUGAUUUGCAGAAAGAAGGAAGUGACUCCGCCCAAUCAGCCACACAGGUCACCGUCAAUAACUUAUCUACUAAAAUGCGGAGCCGGCGCAAGAUGAAUCUUAAAAAACCAAUGGCCAAGAAAGACCUGAAGUUAUCUGAAAAGAUCUUAAACGAUGAGAAUAAUCUGUCACUUGGUUCACUCCAUGAUACAGUGCCUAGAUUUAAGAACCCGUCUAAUUGUUUAUCGAAUCAACGUCUGAGGAGAUGGUGCACUUAUGAAUGGUUCUACAGUGCCAUUGAUUAUCCAUGGUUUGCAAAGAGGGAGUUUGUUGAAUAUCUGUAUCAUGUUGGAUUGGGUCAUGUACCACGAUUAACUCGUGUAGAGUGGGGUGUCAUACGAAGUUCACUUGGUAAACCACGGCGGUUUUCAGAGCAGUUCCUGAAGGAAGAAAAAGAUAAGCUUAAUCAGUAUCGAGAGUCUGUCAGAAAACAUUACACUGAGCUCCGUGAAGGUCUAAGGGACGGACUACCGACUGACCUUGCAAGGCCUUUAUCAGUUGGUCAGCGUGUCAUUGCUAUUCAUCCAAAAACAAGGGAGAUUCAUGAUGGAAGUGUGUUAACUGUUGACCACUUGAAGUGCCGGGUUCAAUUUGACCGUCAAGAGCUAGGGGUUGAAUUUGUCAUGGACAUUGACUGCAUGCCUGUAAAUCCUUUUGAGAUCAUGCCUGCAAUGCUUGGCAGACACACAAUCACAGUUGACAAGUUUUUUGAGAGCUUCAAUGAACUGAAAGAGAAUGGACGAGCAAAGGAGUAUAUUAAGCUUUCUCCUAACACCAACCUGGAUAAUAUGGAUGAUAUUUCUCGGCUAUCUUUAUUAGCUAAUCCUGCCAGUUUGCUGAAGCAAUCAAAGGUUGCAUCUGAUGUUUCAACAAGGCUGGGAACUGGUGAUACCACAACGUACCAGCAAACUUAUCCUCAGCCAGGUACACUAGCGCAGAUCCAGGCAAAGGAAGCAGACAUUCAAGCUCUAGCACAACUGACUCGUGCUCUUGAUAAAAAAGAAGCUAUUGUUCUCGAGUUGAGGCGUAUGAACGAUGAUGUGGUGCAAAGUCAGAAGGAUGGUGAUAGCCCUUUAAAAGAAUCGGAACCAUUUAAAAAGCAAUAUGCUGCAGUACUUAUACAAUUGAAUGAAGCCAAUGAACAGGUCUCUUCAGCUUUACACCGCUUGAGAGAACGAAACACAUAUCAAGGAAAACUUUCACUUGCAUGGCCAAGGCCACUGCUUGGUCUUGCUGAUCUGGAUAGCACAUUCAAUUCUUUUGAUCGAUCUGCAUUUCAAACUCAAGAAUUGGGAUCACAUGUGAAUGAAAUCAUGGAUAGCUCGAGAACAAAAGCUCGGACAAUGGUGGAUGCUGCAUUGCAGGCAAUAUCAUCACUCAAGAAUAGGGAGGAUACCAUGGAGAAGAUUGAGGAAGCCAUAGACUAUGUAAAUGACCGGCUUCCCUCAGACGAUUCCUGCAUGCCUGUGGUGAAUCUUCUACUUACCUUAUCUAACUCUCUCUCUAUGUAUCGCCUCAACUAUUAUGAUCUUUUUUUUAACUGUAAACUGUUGCAGAGACCUGAUCCUAAAUCUACAAAUGCAUCUGAUAUUGAGGCCCAAAUUCCUUCUGAGCUGAUCACAAAAUGUGUAGCAACUUUGCUAAUGAUUCAGAAAUGUACAGAAAGACAGUUCCCUCCAUCUGACGUGGCACAGAUACUAGAUUCUGCUGUGACAAGCCUACAGCCACGCAGUUCGCAAAAUCUUCCUGUUUAUACCGAGAUACAAAAGUGUGUGGGCAUCAUCAAGAACCAGAUAUUGGCUCUAAUACCUACUUAGUCACUUAACAAGAAACGGUAUUAGGUCCUUAAAAUUUGACUUGUUAUUUUUGUCUCAGCUCUCUACCUUCGUUGCAUUCAUAGGUUAGAUUUUAUUCAUACCCGUUCUUCGUAUUUUCUCCACGAGGAUCAGCUAGUUUUCUAGUUGUGGAAAAUGAGUGAAGAACGUUGGUAUAAAUAUUUGUACAUGAUUUUCUAUCGACUGUUUAAGGCAGUCGAAGCAUCACAUGCAUUUUUACAUUGAGUAGGAGAUGCCAUUAACAGAUUGUAAAUCAGUUAGAGAGACGAUGAAAGUGCAAUAAGAUGAAUGAAUUUCAGUGGUUUUCUUUUAA